UAUUCUGAUAAACAAAAAGUGAUCCCUUUGGAGUAACAAAUUCAUAAAAAAUUAUAUUUGUGUGUGAUAAAUCCUAUAAUAGAGAGGUGCACAGUACCCUAGUAGCACAGAGUUUUUUAAAAGUCAAUUCUGCUUGUAGAAGACUUAGGAGAGGGUAGAAUAUUUGAACUGGACUCCUAAAUGGGAGAAGGGCAGAGGGACCUGGAGGUGAGAGUCCAAAUGGAAGGAAUAGAAUGACUUAGUUGCAACCAUUCCUGGUCCAGAAAUUUGCUGGUCAUCAUUUUCUGAGUGUUGUGAGCAAAAGUGUUAUGGAAUAAUCCUGAUAUCAACUAUAAUAUUAUAUUGCAUUUUGAAUAGAUAAUUGGUAUUAGGUUUUCCAUUCAGAAUGAUUAAUGGACACCUAAGAUAGAAGGUCUCUAGGGAGAUGUCCAGUUCAAUUGGGCUUUCCACAUCUUUGAAUAGACCUGAAUAAAGGUCUGGAGCUCAUGGACAUCUCUUUGUCUUUCUUAGUUCUUUACUUAUCUGAAGACUUAGUAUAAAUAAAAAGGUAUUUUUUAGGCAUUUUUAUUUUGGAGAGGGUUAUUUUUCUCAAAAUUGAUUUACUUGUGACUAAAGAGAAAAACUGAAGAGGCAGCUGUCAUAGAGAUUGUAUUUCUGAAGAGGUUCACACUCUAGAAAGAAAAUUACUAUAGAAAGAAGCUAUCUGUCUAAGAGUGUUUAUGUGCUUGAAUUUCAUCCUCAAGAACACUUACCUUGGAAAAUGACUGGUCAAAGGAAUCAGUAUAGGAAGAAGGUGGGGACAGGGAUUAGGUUAAAACUUUCAGUUGUGACUUGGACAAAAGAAGUGAUAGCUGUCAAAAGUUCAUCUUUUAAUACGAUCCCUUUAAGAUAUUAUCCACCAAUAAUCAUUUUUAAAAUUCCAGUUUUCAAUUUGACAAAUGGUUACCUGAUCACCAGCAUGGAGAGGACUGAUGUAUGUGUUGCUCUUACAUUUUGUGUCAUGGAGCUUGUGACUGUACCAUCUAAACAGGGUGUCGAGUCCCUGUGCAAGUCCCAAGUUACACUAAAACCGCAUUGCAGGAACUUCAGUAAUUGCCACACUUUCCCACCCUUUACCAGCUCCUUUGCUUAUUGUUCCUCUCUUCGUAGACUGCAUUUCAGUGUCAAUAAAAAUUAGAGUACCUUUUCAAGUCCUGAAUAUAAAAUACUCAUUUGGUCAAGAUUCAGCAUUCUGAAACUGAAAUCUUUUCUUUUGCUGUGAAAGGGGUAUGUACCAAGAGCCCCAUUAGGGUCACCAUAUUGCUUUCAGAAUGAGAGGAGAGCUUUGAGGAUCAUUACAUGGUCCAGUGCUGUUUACAAGUGGGGAGAAAGUGCCACUACUUUCAGUUGGACUUCUGUAGUUAUUGGUAUAUUAGGGUAUAUAUUUCAUCAGACGUAAACUUCAACUCCAUAAUUCAUUUCUACCCCACCCGGAGGAGGGGUGAGGAGUACUUGGCGGAAUCCCUGGUGAGGCCAUGUGAGCGGGGCCUGCCCUGCGCAGCCGCCCUGGUGGGCCUUGGGGGCCUCCCGAGGUCCUGGCCAUGCGCAGCCGCAGUAGCAGACUGAGGAGACGCCCAGCGGUUGCCCUCUGUUUCUUCGCGCCUCAAAGCUCAUCUGCCCGCUUCCUCCAUUCUCUUCCUGCAUCUCUUGAGUGAGUGGCCAUGAGCUGGGCGGUGGGAUCCCUGCGGGCCAGCCGGAGCGUGGGUGCUGCAAGAGCGAACUUCCUGUGCGUGGCGAGGGCACCGUGUUCCCAGCAGCCGGCAGCCACCUCUGCCGAGGGCGCCCAGCCCAGCAGCCCCGUGGCCACGAUGGUGAGUGUGAGGUGCGAACUCGUGAAGAACGUCACGUCUGAGGAGGCCGUUCACCACCACAAGGUCUCCAUUAUAGGCACUGGGUCGGUUGGCAUGGCCUGCGCCAUCAGCGUCCUGUUAAAAGGCCUGAGUGAUGAGCUUGCCCUUGUGGAUGUUGAUGAAGGCAAACUGAAGGGCGAGACUAUGGAUCUGCAGCAUGGCAGUCCUUUCAUCAGGAUGCCAAAUGUUGUCGCCGGCAAAGACUACCUCGUCACUGCCAACUCCGCCGUAGUGAUUAUUACAGCAGGCGCACGCCAGGAGAAAGGAGAAACGCGCCUUAAUUUAGUCCAGCGAAAUGUAACCAUCUUUAAAUCAAUGAUUUCCAGUAUUAUCCAGUACAGUCCUCGCUGCAAACUGAUUGUCGUUUCCAAUCCUGUGGAUAUCUUAACUUACGUAGCCUGGAAGUUGAGUGAAUUUCCUAAGAACCGUGUCAUUGGAAGCGGUUGUAAUCUGGACACUGCCCGCUUCCGUUUCUUGAUUGGGCAAAGGCUUGGUAUCCAUUCUGAAAACUGCCAUGGGUGGAUCCUUGGAGAGCAUGGAGACUCAAGUGUUCCUGUGUGGAGUGGAGUGAACAUCGCUGGUGUCCCUCUGAAGGAUCUGAACCCAGAUAUAGGAACUGAUAAAGAUCCCGAGCGGUGGGGAAAUGUCCAUAAAGACGUGAUUGUCAGCGCCUAUGAGAUUAUUAAAGCGAAAGGUUAUACUUCUUGGGCCAUUGGGCUAUCCGUAGCUGAUUUAACAGAAAGUAUUUUAAAGAAUCUUAGGAGAGUGCAUCCUGUUUCCACCAUGAUUAAGGGUCUCUACGGAAUAAAUGAAGACGUAUUCCUCAGUGUGCCGUGUAUCUUGGGAGAGAGCGGUGUUACAGACCUUAUAAAAGUGAAGCUGACCCCUGAAGAAGAGGCUCGCCUGAAGAAGAGUGCAGAAACACUUUGGGAAAUUCAGAAGGAGCUCAAACUUUAAAGUUGUUUAAAACGACCAUUCUGAAAUUAUUGAAGAAGAGAUUAUAGUUAUGGGGUUGUGUAUGUCAAAUUCUUUAAUAAACUUGAGUUCCUAAAAGUUGGAAACAGAAGAGGAUAGAGUAACUACCUUGUUUAUUUAGCCCCCAGCUCUUGAAUUUAGCAUCCAGAUGCUGGAUGAUUUUUUUUUUUUUUUUAACAAUUCCUAAGUGACUGCAUCAAAGUGUCUUUGUACCACUUAUGUACCAGUAGUUGCCUGAUACAAGCACACACACACACAGUGUUUGAUACAUGUGUGU